UAAAAUACAUACAUAAUUCUUAUACAUACUACAUAUGUUGAAAAAUAAUAUACAAAAUAAAUACUCGUAUUAUUGUGAAAGUAUAGUAAAGAAGUAUCUACAUAUAUACACGCUUACUUAUAUACCUAUUAUGUACUUGUAUGUUGUCUGUAAUUGCAUAUGAAAAUCGAAAUUUUGAAAAUGAAAAUUUACAUGAAUUGAAUUAAACGUGCUCAUUAAGCAUCUACAAAUACAUUAAUAACAUUUGGAAAACAAACAAAUUUACUGCGAAUCUAUAUGUAAAAGUAUUAUGCAUUAAUAUUCAUUAUUCAUUCCAUAAAUAAUUUCCAACUGUUCCAACGGCAAUACAGCAACAACAGAAACCCAAGUAACAAUAAAAGAGUUGAUUGAUACAAAAAAAAAUUAUAAAUAACUAAAUGUGUGCUACUUGACUUAAGCUGGGACUAUUCCACGCUCAAUUUCGCGUGCGUUUACCUGGAAAUAUUUGACAUUGGCGAGAGAAUAGCACAGGUAAGCCGGUUGCAGGUGCGAAUCCUUGAAGUGGAAAACUGUCUGGCCAAUUUUAGGCUAAUGACACCAGGAAAACACUCGAUCUUUCGCUGCAUCGAUGUCUCUUGCCGGUAAUCUCUUCGUGCUCUCUUUUAUGGUGCAGCGAGGCACAACAUAAACAUGCAAUGUCUCCAUGGGCCUAGACUUGCGUUUCUGGCCUUGCCUGUGCAGCUAGCUACCUGUAUGGGCGGAACAAUUUUGGUCGGCAGAUGUGCGACAGAUAAAAACCAGGCACUUGCCAUGCCCCGGACCAGUCACGACGCGCCAACUGACGAAAAAACACCUCAAAACAACAACAAUGCGCACGCGAUCUUCCACAAUGACAGCAACAACAAUAAACAAAACGCAAGCCAACUGGAGUUAUGCAACAACACUUUGGUUGUCCCUGACAUUGCUGGCAGUCCUGGGCUGCUGUCAGGCAGCCAGCGUAAGCCUCCAGCUGCAGCCGUUGGAGAGUUCAGCCAAUAUACUGAAUGACAGCCAGAUUGAAAUACGACCGCUAUCGUGGCUAAGGAGCGCUCAGGAUAUGUUCGCCAGCCCGGCGGGUCAUGUUGUUGUACAGGUGGCCAAAGAGCUGCUGCAUCGCUCAGCGGGAAAUAGUCAAGUGCUCAGCUUGAAUCUGACCAAUUUGCUGAUUAUUGUGCUGCUUAAGGUGCUGAUCUUUUCGGCUGGACUACUGGGAGCGGGCCACUGGAGCGGCUAUGGCCAUGGCUAUGCACGUUCCGCUUCCCGCAUAGACGUCACCUAUGGCCUGGGUAUCACCUCCGGCGAUGACUAUCUUAUAAUGGGUUUCUUAGCUGCCCAGGGAGCCGGCCAAGACGACUGCCUGUAUGCCGCAGCCUGUGCAUGUCCAAACGCAGCCUAUGAGUACGCCAAGGCGGCCCGUGCGCUGCUGGGCGCCAUUCAAAUAUUCAAGGGCGUACCCUUGGAGAAGCCGCGCUAUAAUGAUCUCAUUGUGCUGAUGGAGCGCGCCGCCUACGAUGGCUAUCGAGGAGCCAGCUGCAACACCACCCAAUCCUGCGAUGGCCUCUUAUAG